CUUCCACUACCACCCAAUACCACCGGCUCUUCCUUCCCAUUCACCGCAGGGCCCAGAUAGAAACGCGACGCAAACGGAAAAGAAAAGAGCCCGCGAGUCACGUGACGGCGCACAGCCUCCUGAGACAUCGCGAAGACAGAAGGCGAAAGUGCUCACGUGCGCGCGGACCGAGCAGCACGGCCCGAUGCAUUUCCCAGCCUACUAUUUGAUCGCGACACUCGUCGCGGCUCACGCGACCGCCAGAAACUACCCCGAUUGGCCGACGACCGACGGUCAAAGCCACCCCAGAUCGCCCGCCGAGGGACUUAAUUUGAGUAUUGCGCAUAGACACGAAAAUAGGGGUAAUCAGGAGGUAAACCAAAAUGCCAAUCAUAGUUCUAACUAUAAAAUAAGUUAUAUCGAUCAUCAGCACCUUAAUAAUCACAAAUAUACCGCGAAUAAUCGUGACAGUGACAAGAAUAAUUACCUCGCAGUACCCGGACAUAAUACUAGUUACCCCAAUAGGCAUUUGAAUAAAAAUGAAAGGGGUAAGGGACAUUCUGUACAUAGAAAUGCAAGUGACAAUUUACGACGGUCUGGUCACUCGCACAAUUCCAGUUAUGGUCAUCGACAUAUUGGGGUACACAGACAUGGGAACAGGGGGGUUGUUGGAGUAGGCGGUGGCGGUAAUAACACUGCGAAGGGGGUUGAAGGAGAGAUGAAAGGAGAAAUGGAGAAGUUAAUGGUGGUGGAUGCAACUACUGGGAUACAGUAUAAUCCUUAUGGCAAACAUCAGCCGGGACGUCACGUUUGUACAAGAAAUAUGGACAAACCGAUGAAAACCAGGCAGACAUAUUGUAAACCCAUCUACAAGAACUACGCUAUUCGAUGCCAAGGAAACCAAAUCUGUAAAGGAGUCAGAUUAGUAUAUGAAACUCAUUACAAAGAUGUAGCAGCAACAAAAAAUUCCAACGACAUUAUGUACGCUUGUUGUCCAGGAUGGACUCAAAUCACAAAUAGAAGCCAUGGUUGUAACAAAGCAAGUUGUACCAAACCAUGUAUAAACGGAGGAAAAUGUGUGAAACCAGAACUGUGCGCCUGUCUUAAAGGAUUCGUAGGACAACAAUGCGAGAUUCCUAUUAGUCCACCUGAAUGUCACAAACCUUGCUUGAAUGGGGGAAAAUGCAUAAAGAAAGAUACGUGCAGCUGUCUACGAGAUUUCGAUGGUCUUCAAUGUGAAAAUGAUUUGCGAACACCUCACUGUGCGAUUGGUUGCCAAAAUGGCGGCACAUGCGUGAAGCACGAUAUCUGUCAAUGUCUUUCCGGCUUCACGGGACGUCACUGCGAAAUAGACAUCGACGAAUGUAAAGAGCAAAAACCAUGCGAUCAAAUUUGUUACAACACACCGGGCAGUUAUAAUUGCCAAUGUAAGGAGGAUUUCUUAUUGCAAAAAGAUGGCCAAACUUGUAGAAAAGAAGAUGAUAAUGGCGAUGGUGGCAUAGAAGCGAAAGAUUUAGAAUUCGAAAUGCUGGACAAGAGGCUCCUGAAACUCGAAACGAUGAUGGGCGAAAGUCACAAGAACGAUGUUUCACAAGAUGAUUUAAAAAGCGUUUACAAAGAUUUGGACAUCAUUUCUGAAGACAUGCAUAGUUUACAAAAUAAAAUAAAUGAUGUGGAAAACUACAAGAAUGACAUGCAUGUCUUCAAGACGAAACUAAACACCAUUGAGAAAAAGGCAGAAAAAGUGGACGAGCUGGUGCUAAAGUAUGACAGAAUGAAAAAAUGUGCCUUCUAUAAUAAAAUUUGUAUGUGAAAUAAUUACAUGACUGAUAAUUUUAAGCUAGAUAAUAUUUGUGUAUAUGUAAAUCUUUUAGUUAAGAAUACUGUCCUAUCAAGUGAUAUUGUUUAAAUAAGUAAAAUAGUUAAGAAAAAAAAUAAUGUUAUGAGGUUUUCAAAAAAUAAAAUUGAUGAAAAUGUAUUUAAAUUAUUAUAACUUACCUUGACAAUUAUAUUAAAUUUCAAUAUUUUAGGUAAAUUAGUUUUGUAAACACUGCCA